GUGUUUUGGAAAGUCCAGACAAGCCUCCCACAAUUACGCGCUCUCUCGGGUGUCCAGUCACCUGUUCGCUGAACAGGAGAGCCUUGAAGCGACUGAAAUGCCGACAGCAGAAAAUGUCAAUCACAACUACUUUGUGGCGCGUUCGGUUUAUUCCGAGAAUAGUUUCCUGGAGGAAAAUGAGAAGAAGGAAAAGGUCCCCAAGACUAUACGCGACCGACUGGCCAAGAGAUGCAGUUGCUCAGUUAAAAGGGUUCUGGGCAUAAUUAAAGGCUUUCUGCCCAUAUUGGAUUGGUUGCCCAAGUACAGAUUGAAGGAAUGGUUGCCUGGUGAUAUCAUUUCUGGACUGAGCACUGGUCUGGUGGCAACGUUACAAGGCCUGGCAUUUGCUCUGUUGGCCGAAGUCCCUGUUGCUUUUGGUCUCUACUCAGCAUUUUUCCCCAUUCUGCCCUAUUUCUUCUUGGGAACUUCAAAACAUUUAGCUGUUGGACCUUUUCCAAUUACCAGUUUGAUGAUAGGGACUUUGAGUCUAUCAAUGACACCUGAUGAAAAUUUCCUGAUUUCAAGUAACAUGACAGAUGACAAUGCUACGCUUGUGGAUACGGUUGCCAGAGAUGGCCAGAGAGUUAUAAUUGCAUCUUCAGUCACUGUUCUUGCUGGCAUUAUUCAGCUUGUGCUUGGGAUUCUGCAAGUUGGUUUCAUUGUUCGAUACCUCUCCGUGCCAUUAGUGGGAGGAUUUACAACAGCUGCUGCAUUUCACGUUUUUGUGUUUCAAUUGAAAAUAUGCUUAAGCGUCCCAACACAGAGUUACAUGGGUGUUCUGUCGGUCAUAUAUACUCUUAUUGACAUAUUCCGGAAUAUUCGACAAACCAAUAUUGCAGACUUCAUUGCUGGCUUGAUUACCUUUGUCGUGUGUGUAAUUGUAAAAGAAAUCAAUAAUCGUUACAAAGAUAAGAUUAAAGUGCCUAUUCCUAUCGAACUGAUAGUGACUAUUAUAGCUACAGGGAUCUCCUAUGGUGCUAACUUGAAAGAGAAGUACAAUGCUGGAAUUAUUAACAGCAUUCCAACAGGAUUUUUACCGCCAGUGACCCCAGAUGUGGGCAUUUUUGGUCAAGUGGGUGCAUCAGCAUUUUCCAUUGCUAUAGUAGGAUAUGCUGUGGCUGUUUCAGUUGCUAAAGUAUUUGGCAGCAAACAUGACUAUCCCAUUGAUGGAAACCAGGAAUUCAUUGCUCUCGGAAUUUCGAAUAUUUUCGCUGGUUGUUUCUCAAGCUUUUUGGCAGGCACUGCUCUGUCACGUACAGCUGUACAGGAAAGCACAGGCGGCAAAACUCAGAUUGCUGGGCUUUUAUCUGCCGUAAUUGUGAUGAUUGCCAUCCUGAUUGUUGGAAAACUACUCGAACCUCUGCAGAAGGCUGUUUUGGCAGCAAUUGUCAUUGCCAAUCUGAAAGGAAUGUUCUGGCAAACCUUUGAUGUUCCAGUGUUGUGGAGACAAAACAAAGUUGAUUGUCUGAUCUGGGUUGUUACAUGGAUUUCAUCCAUCCUUCUGGGACUAGAUUUGGGGCUUUUAGUUGGUGUGUGCUUUGAGCUUCUAACUGUUGUACUUCGAACCCAGUUCCCUGUUACUACUGCUUUAGGAAAUGUACCAAGUACUGACAUUUACAAGAACUUAAAGAAGUACAAAAAUCUUGUUGAACCACCAGGAGUGAAGAUCUUCAAAUUUUCAUCUCCUUUAUAUUUUGGAAGUGUUGAUUAUUUUAAGGAGAAAGUGAAUGCUGCUGUUGGAUUUAAUCCAGUUCGAGUGUUUAAUAAACGAACCAAAGCAUUGAAGAAGAUUCAGAAGCUUAUAAAGAAGGGUCAGUUAAAAACCACAAAGGAUGGUGCUGUUACUGAUGGAAGUGUUUCUAAUGAGGCAUUUGAAGAUGACGAGGAAUAUCAAGAAGAAUUAGAAGAGGAUGUUCCUUCAAAAGAAGUGGAAAUUAAAGUUGACUGGAAUUCAGAUCUCCCUAUCAAAGUCCUCGUUCCCAAAGUUACCAUUCAUAGCCUUAUUUUUGAUUUUAGUGCAGUGUCAUUUAUGGAUCUUGUAGGAGUGAGAAUCCUGAAAAUGGUUGUCAGACAAUUUGAACGAAUAGGUGUCAAGGUGUAUUUGACAGCCUAUGAUGACCAUGUUGUGAAGAAAUUGGAGAGCUGUGGAUUUUUUGAUGACAAUGUUAAAAAGGACAUCUUGUACCUCACAGUUCAUGAUGCUGUUGUUCACAUACAUACUCAGACUAUGUAUAAAGAUAUAGAAGAUCCUAUUUUUGACAAGAUAUCACUCAUGCAAGAAUCCAAAGAACCAAUUCCAUUGUCAGAUCAGGAAGAUGAUGUGGAAGAAUUGGAAGAUCAAAAUCAGGGCCACCGUGGAUUCAGCUAUUAAAGAACACACAUCCAGAUGUCUCAAAACCAUGCAAAUACCCUGGCCAUCCAUACCUAGUUAUUAUUUAACACAAAGAUUCAGUGCUGUUUUCAAUUAUAUGCAGCUAUUACGCAGUUCGAACAUGAGUGAUUUUUAGUAAAAUCUAUUUAGUCCUCAGAAUUUAGUUUUAUGUACAUCAUGUAUGGAAAAAAAUUACUUUUUCCUAUAAUGGUAACUAUAAUUUUUUUUAUUUUCUGGUUGUUAGCUGUUCACUGUUUCUUGAUUAUACUGGACAUCAUUUGCAUGGGUACUAGAGGCAUGAUAUUAACCAGCAAGAAAUUAUGCUACACUGUAGAGUAACCUAAAGAAAGCUGCUGUCAUUGUCGUACAGGUCUAAUUGGUGUGUAACGGCAAUCACAAAUUGCCAGUAUCCAGUUUCCUUCUGACUGCGUAAUUCCUUCAUUUUUUAAAAACAUUUUCAACAUAAAACACUGCAAAAGUAGUCCAACACUGUUUCACAUUUCCUAUAAUAUCAUGGGGGCUUGCUAUCAUUAUUACAGUAUCCGUAGUAGCAGACCCUUUUAGGCCACACUAUCAAGAUAUCAAAAUCAACCUCUCCAGGAGCCCUGAAUCGACAAGAACCAACAUUACCCUUCAUUGUGAUAUCUAACCAAUGAAUUCUCACUAGGCAUAGAACUCUACUUUCUAAAAGCUUUGUCCUGUCUGUGUUAUUAGUUUAGUUUAUAUACACUAAGAAAUGUUCCAAGCCCUGCAGGUCUGAUUUGGCCCACCAGCAUGAUCCUGCCUCCAAAUGUCGAAUGAUAGGUCUGACAGGCACUAGCUGCAGUGUUUAAAUGGUGGGGUCAAUUAAAUACCACUGGGGAGCAAAUCAGUGAUACUGUCAGGAUCUUCCUAACAGCAGACAGGCUGCCAGCUGGGGUCAAAGUCCUGGUCAGUGAAUAGAGAUGGCCUCCUGACGAGGGUGGGGGAGUGUCGGUGUGGUUUCCUUUAAUUUCCCCUCUCCAGGUUCAAGAGGAGCAUGCCUGUCCUGUUGAAAAGGCUACCCUUGAUGAUGAUGAUGAUGGCCUGAAAGAUAUGGCCUCACUUACUGUUUUGCACAUUAUUUUCAAUUCUUCAGACCUCCGUUUCCUAUGUGCAUUGGUAGCACUCACUUAUCUCAGUGGGCCUGCCGACCAGAAAUCACUGCAGAUCCUCUGCUUAGGUUUGUGGUUUCUCUGGUCACCCUGCUGUCCAUAAUUAGAUGGAGCUUCUUCAUUGACCAUCUGCAGGAAGGUUGCAACUGUUCCCAUUAUGAUUUCCAGGUUCCUGACCGAGGGGAGUCCCAGCGACCUCUAUACAUUCCAAACACAAGAUUUUGAUUUUAUACAAAGAAUUCCAAGUCCAAAUGCUUUUCUGCACAGUAGGUUGAGUGAAUUGUUCACAAUUUGGACCCUUUUUUUACAUAUCAGAACUGAAUUCAAAGCACAGCAUUGAACAUUGCCGGGUAAGGAGAAAUUGAAUUAUUGAAUUGUAAAAAUUUUUAUAUAAUUUGAUAAAUUCUGAUUCUUUGAAUUUUCAAAAUAUACUUUUUUAAUCCUUACGGGGUUAAUUUGAUUGUUAGUGGUAUUUUUAGUUGCCGUCAGUCUUUCUUAAAUAAUAUUUUAAUCAUACAGUAGGAAAAAAUGCAAUAAAUAUCAAGGAAAUAUUUUGGAAACAAUUGUUAAUUUGGGAGUUUUUGUUACUAUCAAAUGAUAAUUUUUGUCUGCAGUAGUGAUGGUGAGAUUUCUUUGGAAAGCAUUAAUGUUGUAACUGGUUAAGUGGGAUCUGUUUUUGUUUGGUUUUUAUUUCUGGUUUACCCACAAAAUAGAAUACCAGGUGUCUGAAAUUUUAGAAGCAUUGAGAUCGAACUGAACACUAUAUUCUUAACUGAAUUCUAAGAUAAGUUUUAUAGUCUAAUUAUGGAGCGUAAGCCACCUAAUUGGGUGCUAUCUUUCCAAGAAAGCUUUGUAAAAACAAAAAAAAAAUUCUUGCUGGUAUAAGUAAAUAAAAUUGCAAGACAGCUGCUGAGAACUGUAUCUCUUUUUUGUGUAAUUUGGAACUUGACAACAAUAUAAUCCAAUCUAAACAUGAAAACCAAUAUGCAUUUGUAACAAGUUAUGGCUAGUUUUAUAUUUGAUUUAUUGUUCAUGAGCUCCUUAGCUCAAAACAUUUAAAAGAUAAGAAUGUGGCAUUUCAAUCAUAAUUUGAACGGGUUCAGUCAAUCUGUGGUAUUAUCAACAGGUAUGUUGAUGCAUAGAAAACAACCGGUUUCAAACCUGUGUUAAGAUGUGAUUUACAACAUUAUAUACAAUUCUGAGCGCACCAACUUCCAAAUGACAUUGGAGAUCCUUCAAAGAGCAUAAUUUAGCCUCAUUCUAGGGCUUACAGUCAUAAAAUCUAAUGAGAAUUUUGAGCUGAAUUUAUUUUCAUUCAAGAUAAGAAAAUUGCAAGCAUAAAUAACUUGAAGUCUUGAUAUGAUGAUUGACAGAGAAUGUGACUAGAAGUAGGACUGUUAGAAAAUUGACGAUUGAAGUAACACAAAGUUAAUAAAUCUUGAAUAAAACUAGAGAUUAGAGCAUUUUCUUUGAAUAGUGAAUGGACUAAACUCCAGUAAAAGCUGUUUGUGCUCUGUUUAUUAACUAACUUAAGAUAUUCAUGUUCACUGGAAAACAAUGGUUCAUGUAUUGAUAAAAGCACAUCUUGGUUGCCUUUUGGAGAAACAAGAUGUGGGCUUUAAAAUAUGGAUUAAUAUUCCACAGAUAUUGUUUGAAUCCCAUUUUGUGCUUGAGACAAUUAAGAGUGUUAAUCACUUGGAAGUUUCUCUGGUGAUUAGUUGGUUGGGUAAGUCCCAUGUUGGAAUAUGUUGUACAUUGUGAGAUUAACAGCUGAAAAUCAUUUGCUACCUUGUUUUCUGUGUUAAGAAUUUUGGAAAGUGGUUGUAUGACUUCUUCACAUUUUUAAUGUAACUGAAAUAAAAGGACAAGCUGGAUAAGUUCA